AUGACCUUCAUAUUCAACUGGCCAACUCAGCAUGCUGGAUUUCCAAACUCAUUAGCUAACAGAAGCUGUCCUAAGUUGGUGCUGAUUGAUGCAUCAAAUCUCCCUAAAGGCUUAGACUCAACAAUGGAUCGAAAAUGGAUGCUUGCUAGGCGUACUAGUGAUGAAUAUGAGAAAGGGGUGGAGGAAUUUAUUACAUUUGCUAUUGAUCAUGCUGAAGAUGCGAGUCGUAUUUUGUGUCCAUGUAUCAAUUGCAACAACAUGGUCCGACAUAACGUUGAGGAUGUGAGAAUCCAUUUGGUGGUGAACGGAAUUAUUCAAACAUACAAGUGUUGGAUAAAACAUGGUGAGACAUUAGAGGAUUUUCCUUCUUAUGUGAGUAAUGAGAUGUAUGGUGAGAUGUAUGGUGACACAGAAAAUAAUGAAACAGAAGCUGAUGAAAUGGAAGAGGAUUUGGAUGUGGAUUGUUUAGAAGAAAUGACACAUAUUUUAGGGCAGAACAUUGAAGGUGGUUCUGAAAUGUUUGAGACCUUGAGUAAUGAUGCAAAGACACCGUUGUACCCUGGGUGUACUAAAUUUAGCAAAUUAUCUGCUGUGCUAAAGCUUUAUAACCUGAAAGCACGUGGUGGAGUGCCCGAUGAUAUUUUCACAGGCUUUCUUAAAUUGGUGAAAGAGAUGCUGCCUGCUGAGAAUGUUCUUCCUGAUCAAAAUUAUGAGGCAAGGAAGAUGUUAAGCUCCGUCAGCAUGGGUUAUGAAAAAAUCCACGCAUGCCCUAAUGAUUGCAUUUUAUAUCGAAAGGAAUAUGCAUCAUUAGAAAAUUGCCCAGAGUGUAAUAAUCCACGGUACAAGAAAAAAAAGGUUCCAUCCAAGGAUAUGUGGUAUUUUCCAAUAGUACCCAGAUUUAGACGCCUAAUUAGCAUUGCAGAAGAGGCAAAGAAAUUGACAUGGCAUGCAGAUGAGAGAUUGAAAGAUGGUUUACUUAGACACCCAGCCGAUUCUCCACAAUGGAUCAAGAUUGACAAUGACUUUGAAGAUUUUGGGAGUGAAGAUAGAAAUUUGCGUCUCGCCCUUGCCACUGAUGGGAUGAAUCCUUUUGGUAAUCAGAGUUGCAAUCACAGUACAUGGCCAGUGAUUUGGAUGAUCUAUAACCUUUGUCCUGACUUGAUAAUGAAACGAAAGUAUAUGAUGCUGACCAUGUUAAUUUCAGGCCCGAAACAACCGGGAAACGACAUAGAUGUGUAUUUGGCACCAUUAAUUGAAGAUUUAAAGAAGAUGUGGGAUUCGGGUAUACAAGUUUUUGAUGCUCAUCGCAAUGAGAAUUUUAAUCUGAAAGCCUUGCUUUAUGGAACAAUAAACGAUUUUCCAGCAUAUGGAAAUUUGGCGGGAUAUAGUGUUAAAGGAUAUGAGAAUGUCUACCCGGGAUUUCUCAAAUUUUCGCUUAUUGACCAUCAAUAUCGAAGGUGGAAAAAAGCUUUUAAUGGGGAAACUGAAGAAGGUACUCCUCCAGUGCCGCCAUCAGGAGAUGAAAUACUUGAGAAAAUGCAGAAGUUGGAUGUUAAGCUUGGGAAGUUGAACGCAAAAAAUGUUCCCAGUACCGGGCACAAAAAGUUGUCAAUAUUCUUUGACCUUCCGUACUGGAGGACCUUGAUGUGA